AUGAAAAAUAAACUGAUAUUAUAACUAUUCCUCUUAACUUUAACAGCAACAAGUAUCUAAGUAGAUUCUUCAUUACAUUGUGACUGUGCUGAACUUAAUUAAGAUGAGUGCAAUCAAUCAACAUAUUGGUGUGUAUGGAAUGUAACAACUUCUGAAUGUUAAUCAUAUUCAUUUAAGUGUUCAAAUUAAACAACAGAAAUAACAUGUCUAAUUUAAAGUGAUUUAUGUGCAUGGAAUAAUGGAGCAUGUAUUGACUAUGAUAAAGUAUGUUCUGAUUUUACAGAUGAAUCAAAAUGUAAAAAUGGAAAUAACUGCUAUUGGAAUAUAGAAAAAGUUUGUGAAAAUUUUUCUGUUUGUUCAAACUACUCAGUUGAUAAUUGUCCAACAUAAGAAUGGUGUUCAAAAUUAUCUGGAACUUGUACAGAUUAUAAAUUUGUUGUAUGUUCUGAAUUUAUGUCAUAAUCAACUUGCAUAGGAUUUGAAUCAAAAUCAAGUUAUUGUGCUUGGGAUAAUGAUGGUAAAUGUAGUACAUUAGAAGAAAUUAGUGAUUGUUCAUAAUUAAAUAAUUUUAAACAAUUAUGUUCUGAAAAUAAUUGUGUUUAUGAAGAUAAUGCUUGUAGAGCUCCUAAGUGUUCAGAUAAAUAAGAAUCCACUUGUUCUGCUGUAAGAACUACUGGAACUACUUAUACAUUAUGUUCUUAUAAGGAUGGUUAAUGUUAAGAUGCUACAGAUACCUCAAAUUUAACAAAAGAUACUUGUUUCUCAAGAACAAGAAGAAAUUAUAAAUGGUCUUCUGAUAAUAAAUGUGUUGAAUGUGAUACUUUAAUUGAUGGAUCUUUUGAUUUUCAAAUUGUUUUUGGAAGUCUUUUAUUCAUAUUUAUUGGAUUAUGA